UUUUAUUUCAUUUAACUAAAAUCUCUUCCUCCUCUUUGGCUUCUGUUCAAUUCCAGAAAAUUGUGGAAUUUCUCAUCAGUGAAGCAUCCAGCCUUUGUAGCGUUCCCAUGGUUACCGCAAGAAUAGUUUCGACUGGGCUAAAAACUUUCAACUAAUCAUAAAAAAUUCAAGGAGUCCGAUGGAAAUAGGACGGAACAUGAGCGGACUCCUGAGCUGGAGCAAGCAAGAUGGAGAUCGGUUUAAAAACACUCAGCAGGCUGACGGAGGCUGCGGCGUCAACGACUUCAGCAGCGUCCACGGCAAAGAUCUCCUUCCAGCAGAGAACGGUGAGGAGCUGACUAAACACUUCCUGAAGGAGCUGAUGAACAUCUUGCUGGCAUACAUCAGCAAGUCUAUGAACCGCAGCUCCAAAGUACUGGACUUCCACCAUCCGCACCAGUUAAAGGAUGGAUUGGAGGGCUUCAGCCUGGAGCUGCCAGAGCAACCGGACAACCUCGAGCAGCUGCUUGUUGACUGCAGGAACACGUUGAAAUAUGGCGUUAAAACAGGCCACCCAAGAUUCUUCAAUCAGCUCUCGAGUGGACUGGACAUCAUCGGCCUGGCAGGAGAAUGGCUCACGUCAACCGCCAACACAAACAUCUUCACCUUUGAGGUUGCUCCAGUUUUUAUCCUUAUGGAGGAAGUCCUUCUCAAGAAAAUGCAGUCCAUCGUCGGUUGGUCUGAAGAUGAAGGAGACGGAAUCUUCUGCCCAGGUGGCACCAUAUCAAACCUCUACAGCGUCCUGCUGGCCAGAUAUUACUACUUCCCUCAAGUGAAGACCGAAGGCAUGCAGGCAGUCCCUCGUCUCGCAAUGUUCACAUCCAUCCAUAGCCAUUAUUCGAUCAAGAAGUCUGCAGCAGUUCUCGGGAUCGGCACAGAAAACGCGUUUGCCGUGAAGUGUGAUGAAAGAGGCAAAAUGAUUCCAGCAGAGUUGGAAUCCAGCAUCCUGGCAGCAAAGGCCAAGGGUCUGGUUCCGUUCUAUGUGAACGCCACGGCAGGAACCACCGUCUACGGAGCCUUCGAUCCGUUCACGGACAUCGCAAACAUCUGUAAAAAAUACGGCCUGUGGAUGCACGUUGAUGCAGCUUGGGGAGGCGGAUUACUGCUGUCCAAGAAGCACAAGAUCAAACUGCAGGGCAUUGAGAAGGCUUCUUCCGUCACCUGGAAUCCGCACAAGAUGAUGGGAGCCCCGCUGCAGUGCUCCGCCAUCCUGGUGCACCACAAGGGUCUGUUGGAGGAGUGCAAUAAGCAGUGCGCCGAGUAUCUCUUCCAGUCCGACAAGCAGUACGACAUGUCCUACGACACCGGGGACAAGACCAUCCAGUGUGGGAGGCACGUCGAUGUCUUCAAGCUCUGGCUCAUGUGGAAGGCUAAGGGAUCUGAAGGUUUCGAAUCACAGAUCAACCACUGCCUGGAGAACGCCGAGUAUCUUUACUACAAGCUGAAGAGCAGAAACGAUUUUCAGCUCGUCUUCCAGAGCAAACCUGAACACAGUAACGUGUGCUUCUGGUACGUCCCGAACCGAGUGAGGAACAUGUCCCAAGGUCCUGACAAAGACAGAGAACUGCAUAAGAUCACUGCAAAGAUCAAAGCCAAGCUGAUGGAAAAGGGCGUGGCCAUGAUAGGGUACCAGCCUUUUGGAGAUAAGCCCAACUUCUUCCGUUGCGUCUUCUCCAACCCGGCCACGCAGAAGCACGAUGUGGACUUCCUGCUGGAUGAGAUCGCAUCCCUCGGGGCCGAGCUUUAAGAGCGAGCGAGUCCCAGUUUAUGGACUUAGAACAGAUUUAUAUUAUUCUAUAGGUUUAAUACAAAGUUACAAAGUUUUCGUCUGUAGUGCGGUGCGGAGACUUAAUCUAAUUUGCACGACUUUUUUUUGUCACUUUACAUCUUCAGUUUCUGGGAAUGUUAGUGUAUUAGUGUAUUCAAUAAGAGAUGGCGUGAUAUAAUUAACAGCACACAAUUUAUUUAAGUUGUGGAUCUGAUGUUUUUCAUUUCAGUACGCAUCAUAUAGUUCCGAGGUGACCUCUAUGUGACCUCAAAAAUGCUGUGUAGUGUCGAUUUCUGUUACUAAAUUGUGAUUUGAAUUUACUUCCAUAUGCUAGGAAUUUAUGACUAGCAAAUGUUAGACACUAUAAGACAAGACUUAAGUGCUGGAGCACAUGCUACACUUGCUACACAAUGAUUCUCCCACGAUGCAUUUCGUGUUUCGAAGGCUCAGAUUGAUGCCUCAGUUUUCCAAGAAAAUACUUCGCUGGUUAUAUAAUAACCCAAAAUAGCUCAAGGUCACAUGACUUUAGCUUCCCUGUGUUCACUUUCAUGAUGUGGAAUAUGAAGCAUCAUACAUUUCACGUGCUAACUCCUCAUUAGCCGAUUUGCUAACAGCUUAUAUAUA